GUUGAGGGUAUCGGAUACGAUUUUAUACCGCAAACUUGCGAUCGUGAUAUAGUCGAUUCAUGGAUAAAAACUACAGAUAAAGUCUCUUUUCUCAUGUCACGUCGUCUUAUUCGCUCUGAAGGUCUACUGUGUGGUGGUUCAUCCGGCGCUGCGAUGUGGGCGGCAAUCCAGGUUGCUAAGACGCUUGAUAAAACUAAACGUGUGGUCGUCAUUCUUCCCGACUCUGUUCGAAACUACAUGACCAAGUUUCUCUCGGAUUCCUGGAUGCGAGAACACGGUUUUCUGGAUGACGAAGAAUCGGAGUCCAAGAAAAAGGUUUAUGGGGAGAAAAAGAUGAGGGAUUUAGGAGUGACGAGGAGAGUACCUGUUGUUAAGGAUAAUGGAAAAGUUAAAGACAUCGUGAGGGCGGUUAAGGAGGAAGACGUCCAGAAGGUCGCAAUAGUGAACGAGGAUGGCGUGUUCGUAGGGUCAGUUGAUGUCAAGGAUGUUUUGAAUAGGCUAGUGAUGGGCGUAUUAAGAGUUGAUUCUAGUCUGGAAGGAAUUAUAGAAAAAUAUGAGAAGUACAGAAAAAAUCCUUACAAGGACUUUGAUUUGGAUACACCAUUGGAGCAUAUUGCAACAUAUUUAGAACAUAAUAAUGAGGUUAUCAUCACAGAAACGAACGACAAGGGCGAGAUAUAUCCGAAGAUAUUAGUUAAAAGAUGUGAUUUAUUGGAUUUUUUGG